AUGCAUUCACAAGACAAUGAGAAGACACCACUUGUGAAUAAAGCAUCCACAUCAACUACUACUUAUCAUAAUAAUGUUAACGCUAAUCCAACAUUACUCUCCUCAUCACCAGGUCGUCCUAAAGGACGUAUACGUGUAGGUCUUGAUGCAGCUGUAUUGGAUAAUCAAAAGAAAUGGAAACGUUUAAGUGACAUUAAUGAUGAAAAUAGUACUGCAAAGAGUAUGGCAAGUGAAGUUCAAUCGGAAUUCAUGAAACAUCGUCAACAAUUAGCACAUGAUGAAAAAACACGUCUUGGAUCCGGGAUUCCACUCUAUCCUGAUGAUAAUCAGGUCGCAUCAAGUACGAGUUGUGAGGGAUUUGUGAAAAUACCAGAUCUUACAAAACAAGAGCAAACGGAAAAACCGACAAUACAAGAGCAAAUCCCCCAAAUGGAGUUUCUCCUCCCACAUAAAGAAUAUAAAACUUGUCUUGAAGAAGAUCGAUAUGUUAUUGCUGCUGCAUUUAUUAAGGAUGGUAUCCAUGGUCGUAAAAUUGGAUAUCGUUUAGAUCGUGAUGCUUUAUUCUUGAAUGAAUUCUUCCAUUCGGACUCGUAUCGUUUCGUCUAUAUGCUCAUUGUUGCAGGAAUGUGUGCCUUAGCAUUUGUGGAAAAUCCAGGUGAAACAAGGAAGAAGACCUAUGUCGUGAUGGAUCUUUUAUGUCUGGUGGUAUUUACACUUGAUGUAACUAUACGAUGGUAUAUGAGUUCGACUGAGACACAACAUCAAUUUGUAUCACGACAACCCUGGGCCGUUGUACGCAUGGUUUUAUUACUUUUGACAAGUUUGGAUUUAAUCCUUCAUCUUCUCUUGCCACAUGUUAAUCCAUAUCGAUUUUCAAGAGCACUACGACCUUUUUUUUUCAUCGCACGUGGACGAAAUAUCCGGAUAAUUUUUAGCAGCUUCUUACACGCAUUACGUGAAGUAUUGAUCGUGCUUGGAUUAAGUUUUUGCUUUGUGGCAUUUUUUGGAUUAGUGGGAUAUCUCAUUUUUUCCGAUACGAGUGAUCAUCCCAGUGCAAUUUUUUUCAAUUCACUUGCUUCUUCCAUGUAUACAAUGCUCUUGAUUCUCAAUUGUAUGCCCUAUAUGGCCAAAAGUAUGUAUCCAUACUAUCAAAUGACCCACUGGAGUGCACUCUUUUUUAUUCUCUUUGUCUUGCUGACGAAUUUGUUUUUACUCAAGCUCACGAUUGCUGUCUCGUACAAAUCGUACAAGAAGAAUACCGAAAAUAUGUUGUACAAGAGACUCCAGAAACGAAAAGCAGCACUGUAUGCAGCAUUUGAUAUUUUAGCUCAAAAUCUUAAUCUUGAUACUCUGGAGGACGAAAUGAUCGAGGACAAGGAGUUUUGCAUGAAAAAUCAAGCACGUGCUACUGGAAGUUCUGGAUCACUACUUUAUCCAACAAGUGAGAUUAGUGUAGUAUCCAAUGCUGCCAUGUUAAAUGCCGCAAACCGACGUGGAUCUUCACGAUUCUUUCUAGGAACAUUUGACAAACGUCCAUCGUUUAAUGCUGCUCAUUUAAAUCCAAGUCAAAAUCUUGUCACUCCAGCGACAAAGCGCUAUAUAUCCCUGGCUUCAUGGAUUAGUGUAUGUGAAUAUUUGAAGCCAAACUGGACACCAACGGAUGCUGAGCUCGUGUUUAAUACCGUGGAUAUGGAACACGUUGGUUUCUUGGAUUUAACGGAUUUCUAUCAGCUUUGUUCACUAUUGAGUGUAAAACUAGAACGACCAACGCUUUUUUCAAACAGCCUAAUGCGACGUUUUUGCACGUCACGCCAGCGUCAGUCGUUUCGUCGCUUUCGUGGACAAGUUCGUAGUAUAUUGCUGUACGAAGUCUACCUCUUUGGUCGAUAUCGAGUAGUGCUGGCUGAGCUUGUGGUCGGUAUACUCGUUUGCCUUUCAGUUGUUCAGGCUGUACAAGUUAACAACAUUGAGCUAGCAUUUUCCGUGAACCACUCGUGGCGGCUACUGGGGUUUUUCUUGAUCAACCUGUUCACUCUAGAAGUGCUGGUCAAGAUGUUUGCUUUCGGUUAUACUGAAUUCUUUACAAGACCGUUCUGCAAGCUCGACUUGGCUGUUGUCAGUGUAGGCUGGUUGUUCUACGUACUCACGACGUUAUCCAAGCCGCCUAACAUAUCGCUAGUGUUUUACGACAUGGCGCUAGCAGUUCGAUCGCUGCGCUUUCUAAAGUUGUUGAAUCUAUUUCCACCAUUUCACGAGAUCAUGUACACAAUGAAGGCCAUUAUGCCGUUGCUUGUGCAACUGCUGCUUGUGAUCUUCAGCUUCACAUACGCGUUUGCUAUCGUCACCCAGGCUAACUACGGCAUCGCAUUGCGGGAUUUUCCAGCUAGCAAACAGUCGAUGUCACCUGGUUGGUACAGCCAGCGCGAGGAAUUUCAGGCAGAGACAUUCGAACAAACACUUGUGACGCUAUUUGGAGUGGCGAACCUUGCUGGUUGGGAUGCCAUUAUGGACGCUGCUCAUGCCGUGACUGGCUCUGACUCGACCUAUGUCUUUUUCUUUGCGUACCGCAUGACAAUGAGCAACAUCUUGCUUCCCAUUUUCGUUGGUUUUCUGGUGGAGUCGUUUGUCUCUAACGCCAAGACCGUGGAAACCGCUAUCCAGACCAGUUACGUCAAUUCGGCUCACGAGAUCCCGGUUAACGAUGAGGAAAACCGCAUGACGUUACUGGAAUCACGUCACAUGCAAAAUGAUGACGAUAAUAUUGUCGAGAGUGCUAGCAACCCAGAGUUAUCGUCCGCAGAAAUGUUUGAGCGCCAUCCAGCGGACGAUCCUCCAUUAUCACCCGGAUCAGCGUCGGGUUCAUCAACGAGUGAGGUGCGCUUUAAGUUCAAGCGGCGUGGCAGUGUGGUUCGCGACCAAAUGUUUGAUGCUGUUAAGCUGUCAGAUGUAAGUCGUUUAAAGCUGCAGCUAGAGCAGAAGGAGGGGGAGCUGGCUCAGCAGGACAUUGAGAUUCGCAAGCUUGAAGGCAACAUACUGAGCAUGAAGAGUCGUUUGAGCCAGUCACAGCACGUGAUAUUAGCAUACGAGUCGAAAAUGGAGCAGCUUAGUGCAGCGCUGCGUGAGGCGCAGGAACGUCAAGUGACGCAAGCAGCAAGACAAAAUACCUCUGUGCAGCAUCCAUCUACUUUCGAGACAGCACAGGGUCGCCACGGACGUUCGCGGAGUAGUACAAGACCGAGCGAUCGCUCGUCCUCGUGGAAGCUUUGGACAGCGAACGUGUAG